GCACUCUGACGCUCCGUGGCAGUUAACCGUUCCUCUCACCGCGGACUCUCUGAACGGUCCUGUGUGUGCUUGUGUGCGUGUAGUUGUUCUUUUCUGAUUGGCUGAACCAGGACCGCUCUGCGCUCUGCGUGAAACACAGGGUGCCGCGCACAGAUAUAUUGAGCGCACAGGCUCGCGCCACUCAACAGUACAGCCUCGAGGGCACGCGCUGACAAGGAGAGCACAGAAAAGCACAGAGUCGUUAGAAUUAUCCCAGAGUCAAUGGCUGCCCCCCCACACAGAAGCUGCCUGUGGAUGUUGCUGCUGGGCGCGUGCGUGUCUCUGGUGGUCGGGACGGAGUGUGAAAAGGAGUGCGCACUGUGUGUGUACCGCCUGCUGGGACAGCACCCCGCACUCUCCUCCCUGACAUGCUCUCUGGAGUGUGAGGGUGUGUUGGACAGCCAGAAGCUCCUCCUGUGCCGGGAAUUCCUGCUGGACGAGGAGAACCAGAUCCCUCUGGAUUCCGACCCCCGCCAAGAGCAGGACCAGGAAGCAGCGGGCGCCAUGACAGCCGACGACGAGGCCGCGGAAUCACCGGAACACCAACUGGUCAAGAAGUACGGCGGCUUUAUGAAGCGCUACGGGGGCUUCAUGUCUCGCCGCUCCCCCCCCUCCCCAGAGGAUCCAGGAAACCAAGAGGAGGAAAACAACAUACGCCUGGGGAUCUUGAAGAUCCUCAACGCCGCAACCGAGCAGGGUGGGGAGGGGGAGGGUCAGGUGGGCGAGGCAGUGAAGAGGUACGGGGGCUUCAUGCGUAGGGCUGAGGGGGGGGUCCCGCAGAGCGACCUGCUGGAGGCCAUUUUGGGCCGCGGGCUGAAGAAGCGCUACGGAGGCUUCAUGAGGCGGGUGGGCAGGCCGGAAUGGCUGGUGGACAGCAGUAAGAGUGGGGGGGUGCUGAAACGGGCCUGGGAGAAUGGCAGCGAGAUACAGAAGAGGUACGGGGGCUUCAUGGACUAGGACGCCACGGUUAUGACCCUUCAACCUCCCCCCCAUCCACCCCAAGCAGUCACCCUGUAAUCUGGACCUGUUGGUGUUUGGAUCAACUGCUUUGUAUAACUUCUGCUACUGUAAUGAUAAAAAAGAUAAACAUGUGUUGUUGAGAUGUGCACAAAUCAUUUCCGUCUGUUUUUUGGG